AUGACUACCUUGAUACCGCGGCAGUUCUAUUCGCAGGAAGAGCUCGAUAAGCUUUAUCCAAAAGAGCUUGAAUUACAGCUCGUACAGAUCACUGGACUCCCACCUUACUGGCCAUACUGCAAUUCUGCCCGACAACUCACCAGUAUAAUCCUGAAUACCAAGGACUUCUCGAAAUGGGAUCAGCUCAAAUAUCGCCGCCGACUGGAAACAUUUGGCAUGGACGAUGGUCCUGUCAUUGCAUCAGGCCCUCAGGGCGAAUUUGAUGCCAUAUGCCAACCUGGUGAACUUACGGAUAAGGGCCGUGAGACAACGCUAGCCCUAGGAGAACGCCUUCGCCAUCUUUAUGUCAAUCAGCUCAAGUUCAUGCCUCAGCUCAUUUCUGAUAGCGAUAUGAUCUACCUACGUGCGACGCCUAUUCCACGUGCUCUAGAGUCUGUCCAACAGGCCUUCUGGGGCUUUUAUCCACCAUCAGCACGAACUGCUGACUUCCCCCCACCAACUAUUAUCCAAAGAACUCCGGCUGAUGAGACACUGUUUCCCAACGAUGCUAGCUGUAGGCGUUUCGCUCAAUUGAGCCGAGCAUUUGCGCAACGUGCUGCUGAGCGUUGGAAUGACACUGACGACAUGCGGUAUUUGACCAAGGUCCUUUCGAAGUGGAUGCCUGGAGAGCAAAAGGUGGCUGUAGAUUCUCACCCCCGGCUUUCAGGUAUCAUGGACACCCUUAAUGCCACCGAUGCACACGGUCCAGAGACCAAGCUACCAAAGGAGUUCUAUGACCCCAAGGCCCGCUCGAUCAUCGAUAAAAUCGCAGUUGAAGAAUGGUACCAAGGCUACAACGAGUCGUCCGAGUACCGUAUGCUCGGCAUUGGCGGCCUAAUGGGCGACAUCACCUCCCGAAUGAUCGGCAGCGUCGAGCGCAACGGCAACUCCGGCAUUGUAGAAGUCGGAGGCGUAGACGGCAAGUUAGGCAAAGGACGAGGCGGCGAAACCGAUAUCCGUUUCGCCAUGUCCGGAUGCCACGACACAACACUAGCCGGUGUUCUCACAUCACUCGGUGCCUUUGAAGGCGAGAAAUGGCCACCCUUCACCUCCCACAUCGCCGUCGAAAUGUUCCGCAAGCGAAACCGUACCGAUAUCCCACAACCACCCGCUCCCACGGAACAGAAACAGAGCCCCACCACCAAAAGCCAAAGCUGGUGGUCCUCCCUCUUCGGCAGCACAAAAACCGCGUCCAACUCGAGCCUGCAUCCCGAAGGCAUAGCACGCAAACCCAUUACCGAUCUCACUCCUGCCCAGCGCGAUCAACUAAAUGACUAUUACGUCCGUCUCCGUUACAAUGACAAAAUCAUGCAGAUACCUGGUUGCAAAGCUCCCGGAAAACAUUUAGAAGGCGACACUACUUUCUGCACGCUGGAUGCAUUCAAGGCUAUUGUGGAUAAGUAUACGCCGAAGAAUUGGAAGGCGGCUUGUACGAGUCGGCUGGAUGAACCGGCUUUUCCGGCCAAGGUUGAGCCAGCUGGAUAUGAGUAG